AUGCCGCUGGAGAAGAUCGUUUUGACACGUCAAGUCUUUCAAGACGCCGCCACGGACCUCCCCCGAGCAGGUCAGUGGGCCAACGUAUUUCAGGACAUCUUGUCCUCGAACUACCAGUCCAAGGAGACAAUCUGCACAGCACUUUUGCCGGAUGGAUCUGGGGUCGAGAUCGUGGGCAAAGGGUUCUCGAGAAUAUCCUCGGUGCUCUUCAUCAUCUACUUGGGGAAUCAUCUGUUCGAGAACUACGAGGGUGAUCAGAGCACUGAGAAGUUCCAGGAGGACAAGAAGAUGUUCCAUGAGUUCUUGACAUCCGCACGAACGAUCCUGGUGUCCAUCAAGGAUUUCACGAACUCACGCGAAAAGCUUUAUGCUGCUGUGGCAGAGAGCCAGGCCAUCAAGGAGCGAGCACCGCUGACCCUGGUCAGCUUGUGUGUGAAAAUCGGCGUGGCCAUGCUGUCGCUGGCCCAAGGGCAGGGCUUGGACAUGGCGACUGCAGGGCCGCCUGUCAGGGCCAAACUACUGUCGGCGGUCAUAGACGAGUUCAACGGACAUGGACAAGUGGGGGUCAAUAAAUCCUAUCAAUUGAACCGUCACCAGCAAGACUGCGUGCGCAACCUGCUUUUGGACACGGAUCCAAGUGCACUCAAAGAGAUCCAGCUCUGCAUUGACCAAGUCCCGGAAAAGCGCACGCCGUUCAAGCACCAGACGUUGCAAAGUGUCAGGUGGCUGCUGGGCGGUGGGCCCAAGCGGUCGGCCACUGUGAAUGACAUGUGGGUCCGAAUCCUGGCUAUGGACAAGGAGAAGCAGCUGCUGUUCUUCCAGAUUCUCACCUUCCAGGCCAUUUCUGCACUGAGAGCGGGCGAUCAGAAAACUAUGACCUUGGAACGGUGGAACGAGAAUGCGGAUUAUGCGUGCUUCUGCGGCUUCCUGCUCCAGAACAGCGGCCCGUUUGUCGACAAACCGGAGGAUCUGGAGCAUCUGAGGUUGCGGUUUAUCCGAGGUGACUUCUGGGACGCGGCCAGGAACUUCUUGCUUGUCAAGGACCCGCAGUUCGACAUCCAGCAGUUUCCGUGGCCGAAAAUGGAGCAGGAGGCAAACACCCAGCGACAGUCAAGUCAGCACGUUGAUGAACUGAGUGUACAAGCCGAGGAAGCGCGGUUCAAGGCAGACUUAUUGUCCUUGACGACAGAUUGUGCCAAGGCCCUGCAGCACAAGCAGCAGCAGCUGGAAACUGCAAAGGCCAAAGCGGCAGCCGAAGCCGCGCAUGUGCGAAACGAGAUUUUGCACGGCCGCAAGGAUGUUGUGGAGCCCUUCAUGCGAGAGCACUGCCAUAUCAUCGCUGUGGACUCCAUCAACGCAGCGAUGCACGAGUGGGAUGAGUUCUUGAAGGGGACUUCGGCCUUUGGGGCGGGAAACAAGUUGCGAAUCGUCAUCGCCGACUUGAACAAGCUGGGCAGAGUGGGUGAGCAGGAGCUGGAGAACUUGUCAGCCAUCUGGGAGAAAGUGAUCACACAGGAUCGGGAUCGAUCCUGUGUUUUGGUUGUGCUCCCGGUCGUGGUCAGCAAGAAGCGACUCCAAGGCAGGGUGCCUGCCAAAGCCGAGUCGCUCCGACUCUGCGCAACCCUCGUACACUUGCGCAUGGGGGACGAGUUUCAUGGCAACGAUGGCCGGACACUGCUCUACGACAUCGUCGCCGUCACAUCGGACUCGGAGGACAACCAGUUCUUGGACUCCUUUCUUCUCAGACGUCGCGCUACCAUCUUUGCUGCAGAGUGGCUGCCGACGGAGCAGUACUAUCUGCCGCAGUCCGAACCAGGCCGGGCAGCAGCAGUGGGCAGUUUGAGUGUGGAGCGAAGAGCGGCCCAACUGCUGGGCGGCUUAUCAGUGGCCGAGACAUUGUUGCGUUCGGUGCUGUUUUCCGGUGCGUCAACACCCAAGCCGCUCUUUGAUGACGACAGCAUCGUGAUCUUCCAUCAGACACCCUAUGAUGGGUGCCUGGAGGAAGCUGCCUUGAAGCUUCGCAAAAUCCUGAAGCCUCGGGUGGCGGUGUUCAGCGCAACACCGGUUGUUGACGACAUCGCCAGCUGCCAGGGCAAAAUUGCCAAGAUCCUGCUCAUGGAUUGGAAGGCCGCCACCUUCACCAUGGUCCCGGAGUCCAGUCGCCGCUUCUCCUCGCAGCUGCCGACAGACACGGCGACAAGAGUUCAGGGGUCCGCUCCGCCAGAGCUGACCUCGUUGGUUUGGGAAGGCACGGGAUGCAAAAUUCCGGAGGUAUUCAAGUGGGCGACACACGUCGUCUACGCAAGUGAAUGGGUGAAGGAACUCGACAAGGCGGAGAGAAGUCUGCUCGCAGCAAAUCUAGAGGCAGCAGCAGGAGCCGAUCCCGUUGCCGCGCCUCAACAGCGCACCACGGACUUCGUCGAUGUGGCCACGCUGCAGUCCAACGCAGCACUGGUGGAGCUUGCUUCGGACUUCGCGAAUGUCAAGUUCCUUCACGAUCCGGACUCCAAGUCCCUCUAUGCCUUCGCGAAAGGUGGUGCGGGGACCAUCCCAUGUGACAAGCCAGUGUUCAGCCAUGCACAAGGCGAUUGGGUACGGCCACCACAGUCUACACGAUUGCUGGCGAAAGCGGAUACAGAGGAACUCUGCUUGCAUGUGUUCGCCCUGGAAAGCGACACAAGCCAGGUGUGUGUGGAGGUGCCCGGAGCCUCGGGUCUGGAGGACACAGAGGCUGCUGAGGUCCAUACGGUCAUGCAGGAGAGCACCAUGGCAGGAAUGGUGGACUUGAAGUGGUGGCAUCACACUGUGAAGCUUAGCAGCCCAAGGUAA